AAAGGGCCCGAGGGGCUCGUAAGUUUGUUAGUUUUUGCGAGAUUUUCAGCAAUGCCCGUCUCUUCACCAUCACGGCUUAUGGCGGAGAAAGCUAACGCAGCCACUACUUCUGCCACAUCCGCCGCCGCGAGUUGCAAUCUAGAGACCAGUAAAGCGGAGAGGCACGUCUGGUUGAUGAAGUGUCCUCCCAUCGUCUCUCGCGUCUUAAAGCACCAAAAUUUCACUCCCCCUUCCAUCUCCACCCACCCUAACUCUUCCUCCGCCCUUUCUUCUGAUAAGCCCGUCGCCAAAGUAAUCGUCGCCGUCGACCCUCUCCUGCCUAAUGAUGACUUCGCUUCCACUCAGUUCACAAUGGAAUUGGCUGGUAGCGAGCCUGGAAACAUACCCAAAUGCUAUUCUAUGGGAAUGUCAACAGAGUUUAUUCCAAUGUCCAUAUUUUCUGAAUCAGGACAGGGAAGGCUUUCUGUGGAAGGGAAAAUAUAUCACAAGUUUGAUAUGAAGCCCCACAAUGAAAAUAUUGAAAGCUAUGGCAAACUAUGCCGUGAAAGGACAAACAAGUAUAUGAAAAAAGAUAGACAGAUACAGGUCAUUGACAAUGAUAAUGGAAAGCAUAUGAGGCCUAUGCCAUGGGUUUUCUCUUCAAAGCCUUCAGGGUCUACUGCAGAAAAGAGGAAAGGUCCUGCAAAAGGAUCGGAACUGAAGAGAACGAGAAGAGACCGUGAUGAAAUGGAAGAAAUUAUGUUUAAACUGUUUGAAAGGCAACCAAACUGGACAUUGAAACAGCUUAUUCAAGAGACUGACCAACCAGAGCAAUUUGUGAAAGACAUGCUGAAACUGCUGUGUGUGUACAAUAAUAAAGGGACAAACCAAGGGAGUUACGAGCUCAAGCCGGAGUAUAAAAAAUCAGAAAUUUCAGUAGAUUGAAUUCGACUUUCAUUCUUAUUCAAGCUCAAUUUGGAUUUGCUUCUGUAAAUAAACUAACUCAUCUUUGAUUUAGACCGGAACAUGUUACACUUUUGGUUUAGUAAUGUAACAUGCCCAAUACUGAACUAAUAAACAAUAUUACUAGUGAUGUAGCUCACCUGGUAGGUUUUGGGUUCAACUCCAAGCAAAGACUUAGA